CCCAAGAUUUUGUAUCUCUCUCUCUCUCUCUCUCUCUCGGGAUCGUGGAGAAGGAAAUGGAGGCAAGUUCUUCAGUAGGAAGGCGAAAGGGUGGCCUCAUUACCAUGCCCUUCAUUAUCGCGAACGAAACAUUAGCGAAGGUGGCAAUGGUGGGGCUGAUGCCAAACAUGGUGUUAUAUCUGACGGAGAUUUACAAUCUGCGGCUCCCCAGAGCUGCAAAUAUCAUCUUCUUCUGGUUUGCUGCGUCCAACUUGGCUCCUUUGCUCGCUGCUUUCCUCGCUGAUUCUUUUCUCGGUCGCUUCUUUGCCAUCGCCAUCGGUUCCGUCUUCUCUUUCCUGGGAAUGGUAUUCUUGUGGAUAACAUCAAUGAUCCCAGAGUUAAGGCCAAAGCCAAGCCAAUCAGCAACAACAUCCCAAAUGGCAUUCUUAGCGAGCAGUCUUGGUCUGACGUCCAUCGGAGCUGGUGGCCUCUCAUGCUCCAUAGCAUUUGGUGCAGAUCAGUUCAACAACAAAGCCAACCCUAAUAAUCAGAAAGUGUUGGAGACCUUCAUCAGCUGGUACAUUGCUUCUCAAGCUUUUGCUUGCUUGCUUGCCUUGACAGCUCUGGUCUAUGCUCAAGACCACCUCGGAUGGAAAGUGGGUUUUGGUAUUCCCCCAGGUCUUAUGGUCUUGUCCAUUGUCUCCUUCUUGCUUGCUUCUCCUCUCUAUGUCAAGAAUAAACCACACUCCAGCUUGUUCACUGGGUUUGCCAGGGUCAUUGUUGUUGCCUUCAAGAAUAGAGAGCUUCCUUUUCCUCCCGGUAACCCUGCUGGAAAGUACCAUCAUAACAAGGGCUCGGAUCUUCUUGUUCCAACUAAUAAAUUGAGGUUUCUGAACAGAGCCUGCAUAAUCAAAAACCCAGAACAAGAUAUAACCCCAGAUGGCUCAGCUUCAAAUCCAUGGAGCCUCUGCACCACAGAGCAAGUAGAAGAACUAAAAGCCAUCAUAAAGGUUCUUCCUUUAUGGUCCACAAACAUCAUAAUGACAGUGAUCACAACUCAAAGCUCGUUCCGUGUCCUCCAAGCCAAAUCCAUGGACAGACACGUGACCUCGAACUUCCAAAUCCCCCCAGGUUCGUACAAUGCUUUCACCAUGCUCUUCCUCUUUAUCACGGUCGGCAUCUAUGACCGCAUCAUCAUCCCAAUAGCUUCAAAAAUCGCAAAAAGACCAGUUCGAAUCAGUGCCAAGACAAGAAUGGGAAUAGGGCUGUUCUUCGGAAUCCUCGACCUCAUAGCGUCUGCUAUAAUCGAAAACAAAAGGAGAACCAAAGCGAUUCGACAAGGGUUUGCAGAUAACCCAAAAGGGGUCGUGGAUAUGUCGGCAAUGUGGCUUCUUGUUCAUCUCUCGUUGGUGGGGAUAGCAGAAGCGUUCAACGUGAUAGCACAAUCAGAGUUUUACUACUCGGAGUUUCCCCGGACGAUGUCGAGCAUUGGCUCGUCCCUGUACUCUUUGGGAAUGGGAUUGGGGAAUCUGAUGGCUUCACUGAUCUUGAGCAUUGUGGAUGGGGUUACUUCCAGAGGAGGAAGACAAAGUUGGGUCGGUAGAAAUCUGAAUAAAGGGCAUUAUGAUUGGUAUUUCUGGGUUCUUGCAGCGAUCAGUGUGGUGAAUUUUGUGUACUAUUUGGUCUGUUCGUGGGCUUAUGGGCCUAGUGCUAGAACUGGGUCAGUGGAGGAGGAACGUUCAGAGGAAGAAAGGAAUGAGGUUGAGUGAAGAAUGUGGGCGCAAUGGUAUUGGUGAAGAUGAAGCUCAGGUAAUUCAUAGCUUCGCUUGAUGUAGUGAAUCAUUUAAGAGGUUUGUGAAGAUGCAGUUUCUUAGCAUGAUUAAGUGUUCUGGUUUGCAUAAUAUAAUGUUCAGAUAUGCAUAUGGUUUUGUAAUUAUCAAGUUCCAAAAUGGGAUUGGAGAUAUCAGUUCAAAAGACAUUUUAUAAUUAA